AUGUCUUCCCCUUCUCUGCACGCUACAAACAAAAUCGGGUUUAUACACUCUCCCGAUGAACGAGUCAAGAAGCUGCUAGAGUACAAGGACUGGGUAGCACAAGGCGGUCUAGACGAAUUCGCAAAGCUUCACAAUCUGCAGUCUGGCUUUGAAAACCGCCUAUACGAUGUUAAGCCGAAAAUUAGUGUAGCAUACUAUACCAAGCUUCGUACUAUCCCUGCCUUAGAGGCUGAGCUGAACCUUAAGCCGGAGCUGAACCUUGAGCCUUCUGUUGAUACAGGACCUUUGUCCUGGUACUUGAGCCAACAGUUUAUGGCACUUGCUGAGGGUUGGGAUGAUGAGGAGUGGGGUUGGAAUUGGGGUGAGGGUGAAGAAGGAGAAGAGGAAAGGGAGGGAGAAAAAGAAGAAGAAAAAGGAGAGCAAGGGGAAGAGAAAAAGGAGGCGAAAGAAGCGGUUGCGAGCGUACAUUCGAAGACUUAUCCUGAGUUGUAA